AUUUACGAAGGAAGGGAAAAGCCUAUCGGCGAAUUUUGUGAGCAAAAUCCGACCUCUUAAUUAUUUGUGUAUAGGUAUAACGCAGGAGAUGUGUAUGACUAAUAGCCUGGGGCAUAACGACGUGUACAAACCACCAAAUAGACAGUUAAGUCAGUGUGUAUAGGAUUAGUGAUAGUAUGUGCCAUGUUAAGUGUAACACCAUGGUUUGAUCAGUGACAACACCAGCCAAAAGUUGUGUUGCAGAAGGCGUUCCCUUCUCUAUGUGACUUCUAAUUGGAGAUAUGUUAGUGUAGCAAAGUAGAUCAGUGGUGAAAUUUCAGACUACUUUUUGAUAUUGUUGAAGUUGGAGAUCUUUGACUGUGAUAAGAUUUGAAGUUACUUACCAUGGAAUGAUUUAUCUGUAACAAUGUCAAUCUAAGUAUUAAUGUUUCACAGCAACCAAGCUUAAGAUUUAAAAGUAUAAAAACACAACUCUCUAUAGUGAUGUUUAUCACAGGACAGCAACCCCUGUUGUGGUAUAUUUGGAUGUAACACCGAUACAGUUCAAACUAGAUAAACAUUUGAAUGUUACAUUUUGAUGUGACUAGAAUCACAGAUUUUUUUUUAUUAUUUUCUAUUAUCCAGCUGAGAUGAAGAUUGCUUAAAACGAGGUUGAGACAACUUUCACGUGUCUACAAGCAUUCGGACUUUUUAGCGACAACAUUUUGUUCAAUUGACAAGUCAAAAAGUUACAGGAUUCGUGUGACAAAACCUCAAAGUGGCAGUUUUUUAUGUGUCAGAACCUAAAAGUAGCAGUUUUCUUUUAUUGAGACAAAAAAUCAUAAAGUGGCACUUUUCGUGCGACAAAAACUCGUAAAGUUGCAGUUUUCUUGUGACAAAAUUUCUAAGAGGCAGUGUAUGUGUGACAAAGAUUCAUAAAGUGGCACUUUUCGUGUGACCAGUUGUAAAGUGGCAGUUUUUGUGUGAUGAUCGGGAUCAACAGUGACAAGUCAAUUUGUUAAUUGCGUGGUGAUUUUUUUCACGAUGGAUGCUAACACCACAAUGGACGUUCCAACCUUAUCUAUGAUCGAAUUUCAAGAUUACAUUGAGAAUGACAUCCCCGUGUCUAUCUAUCUCACCAUCCUCAGCGUUAUUGGCACUGUCGGUAAUGUGCAUGCUGUAUUUGUUUAUUUUCUUCGUUACAAACCAUCAAAUCACAGGACUUUUGUGGUUUGGUUAGCGGCUAUUGAUUUCAUCGCAUGUUUGUUCAGUAUACCCUUUGAACUCUUUGACAUUCGGUUCAGUUGCACGUUCACUAUAGACGGCCUAUGCCGCUUCUUCCGGUAUCUCGGCCAUUUUGUCAGCAUGAGCAGCGGUUCACUUCUUGGGGUGAUAGCGGUAGAGAGAUUCCGAAAGGCAUGCCGACCAUUCGAUAGACAAUUAGAAGGAAGAGGUGCAAUGAUCGCUUGUAUUGUCACUGUUGUAAUAUCUGCUGUGAUAUCGAUACCUGCUCUGGUGAUGUAUGGAUCCCAGGUCGAAAUAGUCGAUAACUAUGAUAUAAACGGAACGGACUGUAAAGUUCUAGACAAAUUCAAGGACAGUUUAGUGUUCAAAGGGUUCAACUUGUUGCUGUUGUUUAUAAGUACCGCUGUGUUCAUAGCGUGUGUCGUUAUCUAUAUAUUCAUUGGACGUGUAUUAUACCAACAGUACAAGUUUAGAAGUUCGCUCCAGGUGAAAAAAUCUGUUUCUACAGUAAUGGACAAGUCUGUAUCCUCGGACACCCUCCACACCAUGCAGGAGGAGGAAUCAAGCAUGGCAAAUCCCGUAAUGUCAAGGACGAAAAUAUUUGGACAGAACGGAGAUAAACCGAUGAAAAUUAAACCAAAGAAUCCCAAACGAUUCGAUAGGAGCAAACAAAUCACUUUAAUGUUUCUUGUAGCUACUGGUGUGUCGUAUUUGGGUUAUCUCCCCUCCUUGAUUCUCACGCUCAUCAAAGCAGCUUCGAAGAAUUCAAAUAAUGUUAUCGACAGUCUUCUAGGUCCAGUCGGUGGUAUUUUCCUGAGAGGUUACUUUAUAAGUAAUGUUACAAAUCCACUUGUCUACUGUUUCCUCGACGACAAAUUCCGUGAGGAAUGCAAAGCAAUGUAUAAAAUACUAGGGAUGCGAAUUAGUAAGUGUUUCCAUCGUCCAUCAUCCAGGUGAUAACUUCCGGUUUAAAUAUAAUGAUCUAGGAGAUACCAGAUUUUAUUCUCAUCAGUCAACACAUAUGAAAUAAUUUGUGUUUGUGUUCAUGUCCAGUUAAGGUAUUAUUCAAUAAGCUAAUGUAACUAGCAGUCUGAAGGUAAUACUGAGCGGACAGCGCUCUGAUGUUCUUCCUUAUAAAUAAACGUACAUAGAAUCCAUACGAAAACAUUAUUACACAUCUUGGAGUUAAUGGAAAGACGAACCGCAUACCAUUAUCUAAUUUUUCUUCUUAUCUACACACAAUUACGUAUGUAGUGUCAACACUCCUUUUUUUACCUUGGGCUGAGACGAGCUGCAAAACCGGAAGUAGAAAUAAGUAAUUAAAUGGAGUAUGAUGAUUAGAUGUUGUUAACUCUUCGUGUGUCUAUUCUAUUGUUUAUUUAUAUUUUAAGUGUAGUGAAACGAAUGAAUUAAAUAUGACAGGAAACAAAAAUGCUGUUUUUUUUAAAGUGAAAUA